CAAGAUUUUGAAACGGAAUUUGUUGAUGUAUUGAAUCAACAAUGUUAUAGAUUUUUGGAACAAAAAAGAGAAAAGGCAAAAAAUUGUAACGCUGGACCUAUUGCUGCAAGAAAUAUGACAUAUGCUUCAUCUAAGGAUGUUUUAAAAUAUAUUUCGGAUUUAGGAAUAAGUAAGGUGAAAUUAACUGUAACUAACAUAGAAGUGAUUUUAAAUACAUUAAUUUAUGAUGGUAAGGUUGAACAUACAUCCACAAGUGAUGGAAACAAUUUAUACAGAGCGAUUCAACCUGUGUUGAGUUCAGCUGAAUUAGUUAAAAUCCCUUGCGGUUUGUGUCCGGUGAGAAGAGAAUGUCAUGACAAAGGAUUUGUUACACCUAUCAAAUGUCAAUAUAUUAAAGAAUGGCUAGAAUAA